GAAGUCUGGCCAUUUCCGGUCCAAAUAUGCAGAUUUCGUAAUCGUUAUUGCCAUCAAUGAUGAAAUUCAAUGCUGGUUUUGAAGUGUCUUAGGAUUUUUUAAAACAAGUACUGGGAACUUAUUGCAGGUUUGCUUCCCAAGAAACGAGAAUUUUUGCCAAGAACCGAAGAACAUUGCAUCACGUUGCGGUGCUGUUUAAAGGGAACUUGCUAGGGUCAAACUAGGCUAGAGCACAAUAUUCCGAAACUCAUAAACAAGGAGCAGUCCAAGAUGGAUUCUGUAUAUGAUGUGCUAACUGCUGUGAAGGAGCAUUGGAUUAUUACGUCAUUGUUGCUCUUUACUGUUCUGAUGUAUUGGCAUUAUGUAGUAAAUUUCACUGCACUGAAGAAGCUCGGCAUCCUUGGGCCUACGCCAUUACCGCUGAUUGGCAACAGCAUGGUAUUUGUUGGGAAAAGAAAAGAGCUGCACACGUACUUUUGCGAAGCUGGAAAAAAGUAUGGUAGCAUUUAUGGGUUAUAUUUUUUGAAACUGCCAAUGAUAGUUGUAGCGGAGCCUGAUAUCAUAAGGCAGGUGCUGGUUAAGGAAUUUGACAAAUUUCACGACCGACCGGGUGGUGGAAUGGAGAUGCCCGAGCCACUAAAAAGCAUGCUGACUGCUGUUAAAGGUCAAAGGUGGAAGGACAUUCGCAGUAUAUUGACCCCUGCCUUCACCUCUGGCAAACUCAAAGGCAUGAUGUACAUUAUGAACGAAGCUGGGGAUACUCUUCUAAAGAAAAUAGAAAAAGCAGCAGAAGAAAAACAGGCAGUUGAUAUUCAUGAAUGGCAGCAGUCAGUGACGAUGGAAGUGAUUCUUUCAGCCGCUUUUGGAACUCUUUCUGAAGCACAGACAAACCCAAACGACAUAGUCACAUCUUAUGCCAAGGAUGCAAUGUCUCCAAAACCAUGGCCAAAUAUCGCUAUGAUGGUGCCAUUUAUCGGGAAGAGGUUGUCUAAGGCAAUCACUAUAUCCCGCUGGGGGUUCAACUGGGGUCCUAUAAUAGAUAUUGCAGGGAAGAUACUCAAGCAAAGACGCGAAGGUGAAGGAGAAGCAAGAAAAGAUAUGUUACAAAACAUGCUAAAUUCCCAGCACCCUGAUAAGAAGGGACAUAAACUCACAGAAAAUGAAGUUAUUGCUGAAAUGGUUCUCUUUUUACUUGCUGGCUAUGAUACAUCAAGCAACAUUCUUGGCCUAACAUGUUACCAGCUUGCCAUAUACCCAGAGAUCCAAGAGAGAGUGUACCAGGAGGUCAUGCGCAUUUGUGAAUCAAAAGACACGGCUACAUAUGACGAAAUCAAAGAAAUGGUUUAUUUGGAAGCUUGCGUUUCAGAAACACUACGUCUUUACCCACCAAGUUUCCUCAUGACCCGUACCAUCGACAAAUCAUGUAUCAUAAACGGUGUUCAUUUCAAACAAGGCAUGGGUGUCCUAAUACCUUCAUACGCCUUGCACCGGGAUGAAAAAUACUGGUCAGAACCAAACGAUUUUAAACCGGAAAGAUUUCUUCCAGAGAAUAAGGAGUCUAUUAACCAAUUCGCUUAUUUGCCUUUUGGCAACGGUCCUCGAAACUGCAUUGGAAUGCGAUUUGCACAGAUAGAGAUAAAGACGAUCCUUGUUAGAAUGCUGCAGAAGUAUCGCAUGGUGCGUGGUCCUGAGACACCAGUGCCUUUGAAGGUCCAACCAAGAGCCGUGCUAUCACCGGCUGAGCCUGUCUGGAUACGAUUUGAGAAGAGAAAGUAGACUUGAACACGUCAGCUCGUUUUCACAGAAAUCCAGCUGAAUAGCUUCUUAGUCUUAUAAUUGAGCAUGCUUGCAUAAUAUGCAGUAAUAUUUUUGCCAAUAAUCGCUCACAUAGAAAAUCUAUAUUUUUUAGUUUUGAUUUGUUUUGAUCUAAAAUUAUUACAAUGAAUAUCACAGACUUGUCACAGACAGUCAAAGCUAUGUCUUGCAGCUCAAUGAUAGCCAAUAUACCUUAAAUGAUAUUUUCCAGACUUCUGCAGUCACUGUCAUUCACAUUGGCUUUUUUGAACGAUUUAAGAAGUUAUCAGGAGUUUCUUUUCAAGUUGAAAAAGUUUUUUAGAAGUAUGAAGGAUACACUAAGUGAAAUCGUCUUACUUUAAUUGGAAACAACCAGAUCUCAUCUAGUCGCUUUCUGAGAAGGAGUGCUGUUAGGGCUACCUAUCUUUGCCAAUAGCUAUGCAGAUAACCUCCACGAUGAACAAUACUGAAAUGGCCAUUUUUCCUUCCCUCUCCAUCCCUAUUUACCAAUCUUGCUACGCUUGGGUUACCCAAAAACUGAAAGCAUUUUUUACUUUGGUAACCUUCUUCAAGAACUAUCGAGACGAAAGCAGUUUGUUUUGUUUUUCUUAAGGAUUUUUUUAAAAGCAAUAAAUAUUGUAACUAUUGGUUUUUUCAGCUGGAGAAAAGGAUUUUGGUGUCAAUUUCGAGGUUGAUAUUUAGAGGGCAGAUUUUUAUCGAAGGGCUACUGGUCAUAAGCGAUACUCAACAAUGAAAGAUGUUUCUGCAUUUUCUGACAAAAUUCUUUCAAUUUUUAACUUAAAAACUUGCCAUUCAUUGACUUGAUGAUUCAACAAUUCAAAGUAGCAAUGAUGUAAAAGGGAAAGAAAGCAACAUUCAAGGUGUUUGUUUUAGAAGUAUUUGUUCACUAGAUACAAUACAAAAGUAAAGCAUAUCUUAAGCAAGCAUAAAUACUCAAAUAUUUCUCAUUUUAGCCUUUUGCUACCUUUUGAAAGUUGCUUGUCUAACGCUUUACCAAGGCUUUACGGUUGAUGCUAAGGAGAGGAACAUGUCAUGGAAGAUGACCCGCAAGGAUUGGUUUUAGGGCCUUUCCUCUUCAACAUCCUAUGUUUGUAAUUAUGUGAUUGACGUGAUGUUGUAUCUUUGUAAUACCACUAAAAAUAGAUAUUUUUUAUAAUAGGAUCUUUUUUGAUGAAUGUGUUAUGAGAGGAAUUAUGCCACAAACCCCGCGGAGAGAUACUGAGGAGAAUUCAAACUUCGGUGUUAAAUGCAAUAUGACCUACCAGAAGCUUUAUUCCCUUUUUGUAAUCAUUACCAUCUAGAGUAGUGACAAGCGAACAUCAUGUGAGCAUUUAUAGCGUCACAAUUAUUUUAUUUUUAUGAUCCCAUAUAGAAACAAAACAGAGUAGUUAAGCACAGGAAAAGGCCUUAGAUCUUGUAGAUAAAACAAUUAACUGAUUUGAUUCUUUGAAGCUAGAGGAAGGGUUAGUCUUUAAUCAUUAAAAAGCUGUUAAUGACCGAAAUUUAUAUGACAAUAUCAUGCCGCAUACAUGGAAUUUGUUUCAUUCUGUUUAUCAUACAAAUGUAAAAAGAACCGAUACAAAAUGUAAAAAUC